AUGAGCGAUGAUCUUAACUUAGAAAAAAUCAAAGCUGAAACUGAGCAAAGUCUUAAUUUCCCUCUUCAUUGAUUGAAUGACCCACUUCAUUCGAUAAAGAUGGCGAUUAAUAAAAAAAUAUAAAAAAAAGAUAUAUAAAAUUUGUAAUAUAUUAAUAUUAUUAAGUUCUGUCAAGAAUUGAGGCUGAUUUCCUAAAUUUUGGGAAAAUAAAAAGAAUUUUUUAUCAAGAAUGGUGAGUUAGCAGAAACAAAAGAAUUUUAUCAGCUUUAUUUAUCCUUGGAAUUUUUGCUUUCAUUUGUUUUAUCUACUUUGCUCCUGAAUUUACAUCUGCUGAGAAACAAAUAAUUUUCAAAUUCCCAAGAAGCGCUCAGCAAAUCUACGAAUUAAGCAAAGUUAUUUUAGGCUACACCCAGAACUCUUAUUACUACGUUAUUUCUUUAUUUUGUUUUCUCUAUGUCUUUUUGCAAAGCUUUGCAAUUCCUGGACCAUUAAUAUUAAGCAUUUUAGGAGGUGCACUCUUUGGGUUCUGGAAAGCUAUGCUUGUUGUAACUACUUGUGCAACUCUUGGUGCCACUUUAUGCUAUAUUUUAAGUGAAACUUUAGGAAAAGGAAUUAUUAUUAGGAAAUUCCCAGGUCCUCUGAUGAAAGCUAAUAAUUUGAUCAACGAGCAUAAACAUCACUUAUUUUUCUAUUUACUAUUUUUAAGGGUUACCCCUAUAGUCCCGAAUUGAUUGAUCAAUAUAUCAAGCCCAAUUUUAGGAAUAUCAUUGAAGUAUUUUAUAACUGCAACCUUCUUACUCCCUCUCCUUACCUAAUAAAUAAUUUUGUUCACUUACAAAGGAGGUUAAUUUUUUUUGUAAAAUUUAAUAUAAUUUUUUUUUCAAAAUCUAAAAAAAUCCCAAUUCGCAAAUUGGAAUUUUAAUUUGUAAAAUUUCAGUUUAAAAUGCAAGCUCUUUAAACUAGCUAGAGAUUUAAUUAUGCUAAUUAUCAUUUAUAUAUAAAAAUAUUUUUUUAUUAAAAAUUUUUUUGUUUACUCACAGAGGAAAAAAAAAAAAGGGAUUUUUCCAAUGGCUUGUUCGCUCAUGGAGGGGAUUUAGGACUAAUUCCAGGAAAUUGUAUACACAUUAAUGCAGGCACAAUGAUCAGCUCAAUGCAAGAAGUUGGGUUGAAUUUGAACUCAAUCCUGAUUUUAUUAGUUUUAGGAGUGCUUGCACUAAUUCCAACACUAAUAUUCAAAAAGCCUAAGGUUAAUUAG